CAAAACGGAAAGUCAUUGUUGGACACUCUUUGUAUGUAGGCAAUUUUGGCUGAAAUAGCGUUAUUUAAACAAGUGAGCUCAGUCGAAGUGCUUCGAAAACAUUCCCCCCCGGGAAACGUGUGCUCCGCAAUCUGCAUUAGUAGCCAAUCCUAUAGAACUACCGCCGCUUUUCCCCGAGAAUAGAGAUGGAUCGUUUGCUGCGACUAGGAGGCGGCAUGCCCGGAAUGAGUCAAGCGCCACCCCCAUCGGAUGCACCGGUGGUGGACACAGCGGAACAAGUUUACAUCUCCUCGCUCGCUCUCUUGAAGAUGCUGAAACACGGCCGUGCCGGAGUGCCGAUGGAAGUGAUGGGCCUGAUGUUGGGUGAAUUCGUGGAUGACUAUACCGUGCAGGUGAUUGACGUCUUUGCUAUGCCACAAACGGGAACCGGCGUAUCCGUCGAAGCGGUCGAUCCCGUGUUUCAGGCGAAAAUGUUGGACAUGCUCAAGCAAACCGGUCGGCCGGAGAUGGUGGUCGGAUGGUACCACUCCCAUCCGGGCUUUGGAUGCUGGCUGUCGGGCGUAGAUAUUAACACGCAGCAAUCGUUCGAGGCACUGUCGGAACGGGCGGUCGCCGUAGUAGUCGAUCCGAUCCAGUCGGUCAAGGGCAAGGUCGUGAUCGAUGCGUUCCGACUGAUCAACCACAACACGCUGGUGCUGUGUCAGGAGCCGCGCCAGACGACGUCGAAUCUGGGACAUCUGCAGAAACCCUCGGUGCAGGCACUGAUCCACGGGCUGAACCGUAACUACUACUCCAUCAGUAUCAACUACCGCAAGAAUGAGCUGGAGCAGAAGAUGCUGCUGAACUUGCACAAGAAAUCGUGGAUGGAUGGACUCACGUUGGCGAACUAUGAAGAGCACUGCAGUAUCAAUGAGAGCACCAUCAGUGAGAUGUUGGAGCUGGCGAAGAACUAUAACAAGGCUUUGGAAGAUGAGGAGAAAAUGACGCCCGAGCAACUGGCCAUCAAGAACGUUGGCAAGCAGGACCCCAAACGGCACCUGGAAGAGAAGGUCGACACACUCAUGUCGAACAACAUCGUUCAGUGUCUCGGCGCGAUGCUGGAUACGAUCGUGUUUAAAUAAUCCUUGCAGGCAAACGGGAAGUUAGAGAAGCGCGCAGCACUGCUCCUUGUCGAACCGCUUCUCUCAAUUCAAGCUUAAGUGAAGCAUCCGGCGUGUGUUUACGGUUCGUGUCUCUUAUUGUAUGAUGCGUUUUGCUUCUGUUCUUUUUUUUGUGUGUAAGGAGAAGAGGAAACCACCACUGACAUACUUGUGAAACGAAAAAAGGAAUGAAAUACAUUAUUAUUUCGGAAAAAUAUGUCCAUAUUUGAUAGGUA